AUGUCGCACGCGGUCCGCCACGUCGCGCGGAGGAUCGCGCGCGCCGUCGCGACGUCGACCCCUCGGACACGAACCCCCGUCGCCGAGCAUUGCGCCCGUCCCCGCGCCUUCUCCCGCGGCGCCGAUGGGUCGCCCGGGAGCCCCGGGGCGCCCCUCGGGGUCGCCCCGCCCGGUGCGCCGUCGCCGCCGCCCGGUCCCAAUUCCGGCGGCGAGCAGCGCAAGGGAUUCGUAUCGUGGCCCGGGCUCGCGUUCCUGAUCGCCGCGCCCGUCGCUUAUUACCUCAGCGGCGGACCGGACGAUGUCGGUGACGAGGCUCACCGCCCCGUCCAAGCCUCGGCGACGAAGGCAUCCCAACCCGCGCGGAAACCGCCCACGGCGGACGCGCCGAAGCCCGAGCGAACGAAGGCGACGACGCCGAAGGAGGAGACCCGCGCGGAGGCGACGGAAGAGGAGGAUGACGUCGACGUGUUCCGCGCCGCCGCCGAGCUCUUGGCGCGGGACCUCGACCCUUCACCCGAGGGCGCCGAGAAGAGGGUGGAGGAAUCCAAGGCUGAGAGGAAAGAGCGAAGGCGCGCGGAGAAGCGCGCGAAGAGGGAGGCUGAUCGGGGCGACGAGUCGGGGGCCUCGGGACCCGCGGGCGCGGCUCGUGCCCGCGCGCUCGCGAAUCAACCGGACCUGUCGGAGGAGGAUAAGAAGGAGGAGGACGGCGCGGAGGCGAUGACGGCCGCCGCGCUCGUGACCCGCGCGUUCGAAGGCGCGGUCGAGGAGAACAAGGAGUGGUCCGCGACGUACAAGGCUAUGGUGUACCAGGCUGAGCACGACGCCGAGGCUUUUAAAACCGCGUUGGCCAAGGUUAAAUCAGAGGCGGAUUCGGAGCUGCGCCGACGCACCGCGGAGCUCGCCGCGUCGCACGCCGCCGCCGCCGAAGCCGCCGCUGCCCAGAUCGAAUCCCUCGCGAACGAGAUGGAGCGAUCGGAGAUGAGAGUCGCGGCGCUCGCGACGGAGCUCGAGCGGUUCGGCAUCGAACGCGAAGCGGCGGAGAGGGAGGCGGAGGCGGAACACCGAGCCGAGCUCGCGAGUCGGCUCGAGGAGCAGGCCGAGGCGCACGCGCUCGCCAUCGCGGAGUGUCUGGUCCGCGAGCGCGUCGCUCGAGCCGAGGCGCUCGACGAGAUCCGGCUGAAGCUGAACGGCGUCAAGGAGGCGUACGACGUCAACGGUAAAUCGCUCCAAAAAUCGCACGCGAGCGUCAAGAUGUCCCUCGCCGUGUUUGCGCUGCAAUCGAAAGUUGCCAACGGCGAUCCCUUCCACGAGGAGUUGAGCGCCGUCGCCACCGUGGCGUCUGACGCGACGGCCGUGGACGAUCCUGCCGGGCGCGCGCUCGUGCACGCGGUCGUGGGAUCGAUUCCCGAGGCUGUCGCCAAGUCGGGGGUACCCACCGCGGGGCGACUUACCGAACGGCUCGCCGACGUCCGCCGAGCCGCGAGGCGUCUCUCGCUCGUGCCCGAGACGGGCGGCGGGAUCGUCGCGCACCUCGUGGCGUACCUCGCGUCGUGGCUGAGGAUGAGCGAGCCAACGUCCGGGUGGGGCGGCGGCGGCGGGAGCACAGCUGGCGGGGGCGUCGAGGCUGCGGUGGCGACGGCUCGGGCGAACGUCGCGGCGGGACGCCUCCACGUCGCCGCCGCGGCGCUGGAGGAGGGGACGGAAGGGACGGCCGCGGCGCGGGCCGUGGCGGGGUGGGUGGCGGACGCGCGGGAGAGGCAGAGGUUGGAGAUGGCGGUGUCGGUGCUGCGCAGUCACGCCGCGGCGGCGGCGGCGAGCCUCGCGUAGCGACGUUUGGUUAGUUAGUUUGCGUUUGAGCAUUUUUUGUGCAGUCGAGGCGAGUGAAUUCG